AUGGACAAACAUGGAAUCAGUACACAAGUAUUAGUCUCUGGGACGCAGCCGAGAGUGCAAUCGCUGAUGGAAUUCCAGGUGCUCUCUCAGACGGUCUACAACGUGAAAGACAUCGAAAGAUGCCACAAAACAAACGACCAGCUGUACGAAGCUGUCAAAGCAUACCCCGCGCGGUUUGCAGCUUUUGCGUGCUUACCUACCGCGCAUCCGGAGAAGGCGGUAGCGGAGUUCAGGCGAUGCAUUCGGGAACUUGGGUUCAAGGGAGCUCUCAUCAACAACACGGUUGACGGGGAGUUCCUUGACAACCGGGAAUACUUUCCAAUCUUCCAGGCAGCAGCGGAUCUUGGUGUUCCCAUUUACAUUCAUCCUAGCUUCCCGAGUCCAAAGGCCAACGACGUCUUAUUCAGCGGAGACACCAUCUCGCCAGAAGCUGCCUUCAUGGUAUCCACCGGAGCCUGGGGAUGGCAUUCGGAGGUCGGCCUCAACGUAGUCAGACUCAUAUCAGUCGGGCUGUUUGACAAGCUACCGAACCUCCAGAUCAUCAUUGGCCACGGUGGCGAGAUGGUUCCGGUCAUGAUUGGCCGCAUUGAGGAUACCCUCGGAAAGGUGAUGAAGAAAGCAGGGCAUAGAAAGGGACCGCUUCAAUGUUUGCGAGAGAACUUCUACAUCACCACUAGUGGAAUGUUCACCACGACGCCGCUCAAGACGUUGGUCGAUAUUAUGCCGAUGGACCGGAUAUGCUUUUCUGUGGACUAUCCGUAUGCCUCAAAUGAGGACGGGAAACGACUCAUUAACAGUAUUGACUUUUUGGAUGCGGAACAGAUGAAAUUGUUUACUCAUGGAAACCUCGACAGACUAUUGGGACUGGACUGGAACGAAAACACAAAGGCCAAGAUAUAA